CUGGAGCAGAUGGCUGAGGGCAUCCAUCGUAUAGAGCAGCUGGCCGUGUUCCAGCUCAACCAUCGCAAUGGCUUCGCCCCAUGCGGGGUGGAGGUCUACUGGACGGGUGCCAAACUCCAUUCCAAGCACCCGCGGGUCGACGCAUCCAACGAUUUUGCCAAGAUGAUGGCCGACCUCAUUUCAGCACUCGUGUUGCAGCUUGUGCAGAGGGCCAUGACCACGACGCACGGGCAUCCCAAGCGGCAAGUUCUGUUGCUUGACGCGGGGUCGCGCCCGCAGUUUUUGGUUGAGCUCCGCAGUGACAUUCAGAUUUAUGAGACCCUCAAGACGACGGUCUUCGAGGGCGCGCAGGGUUUCAUUGGUCGGUCCCUCCUUCAGCACACGGCCGUUCCGCAGAUGAUCAAGUGCCUCGAGCUUGAAGGGUGGGCUGCGACCGAGAGGACCGCCGUGGCGAUUGUAUUAGAUGCCGAGGUUGUCCAGACAACGCACAGGUAUACGCCAGUUGUGAAAGACGAAGUCGCCGCGCCACGAGAUUGUCGGUUCGAGUCCAACGCGUUCAAGCCAGUGAUGAAGAAGUCUGCUCUACAUGGUGAUUUGUUGCCCCUGAAUUUGUCUGCCAUUUCGUCGCACAAAGAUGCUGAUUGGUAUUCUCCCAACGCUGCUGGACAUUUCCAGCCAUACGUUGACAUCGCACUAUGCCGCGAAGCCUCUCGGGAGAACAGGCUUUCGCUCCUGGAUCGGCGCUUCUGCAGCCGCCUCAUCACGAACGAGCUGGUCUUUCGGCGGAAGGGGUCGGUUUCCUGGUACUGGGGCUUGGGGUCCAUCUGCGGGUCCAUGGCAGUUGGGUGGCCAGUUGACGAGUACGGGCCUCGCCGUUACAGGGUGUUGCCAGAUCGUAAGAGGGAGUUGUUCGCCAUUCUGGAUCUGACGGAGUGGGAGGCUUUGCCUGUCGUGUUCGCGUCGCCUUUGGCUCAGGCCGUUGACGUCGAGGUCAAGCGCCUCCCGAUUCAGCAGCAGGGCCCUGCGACGGAGGUCGCAGUGAAGGAUGCGCGCGAGCACGGUGACUUCACUAUCAUCCUCGCUGGUGCCGACGAGCCCAGGGCCUUGAUGGCGACGUGCGCCUUGCAGGCGUUCUGGGACUUGCCCCUGUCCGUGCUGGUGCAGCUGUGCAAGCUCCACGACGUCGACACCGCGGACCUCAGCUUGGUGUCGGUGCUCACGGUCCUCGGCUGGCAGUUCAUCCCGCAGUGCACCGACGCGAAGAUCAUCAAGAUGCUCGAGCGUCGGGCCCUCACCUUCGAGCGCGUCGACUCCUUGGAGGAGUUGAUUGCGUGCGAGUGGGUGACUGACCACUUCGACAAGGACACGAAGGACAUCGUGGAGCAGGAGAUCCACGCCUCCAAGCAGCUGCGCGCCAGCCGCGACCAUUUUGUUCGCGACCUCCGCAGG